AUGACCCCUCCUGCUGGUCUGGCCAAUGCUGAAAAAGACUCCGCUUAUAUACGUGGCUGCUGUGCAGCUGAUUUCUGUGCUGAAUCCAGUGUAGUCCAGCAUUGGGUGAUAACUUCUCACAUGGUUGUACCCUGGACCCCCACAACCGCCGUCGCCCCCACCCUACGCACGCCCCCCCCGCCUACGCCCUCGUACACGACCACCCCCCACAAGGUCCCGGCCCCCUCCGCCUCGCCCACCCCAACGCUACCAGCCCCGGCCGCCCUCAUCCGCUCCACCCACGCGUCACCCCUUCACCGGGGCACAGACGAACGCGUGCACACGGCAUCCGCCCCCGCCCCGGCCCAACAACCGCGGCCCCCAUACCCCCCUACAAACCGACCCCAACCCCUCCCACGCAACCCCCCCCCGCCCUCACAGCCGCUCAGCGCCCGCGGUCCAGCCAUCCGCGGGCGUCACCCCACCACCCUCCAACCAUGCCGCCAACCAAAUCGGGCCACCUCCUCACCCCCCCAUGCGCCCGACCAUCCCCCCCAAGUAGGGCACAGGGCCACCACCGCCAGAUCCCGCAUCGCCCAGAGCACGCCCGCCGCCCCGCCCUGGCACCAGCCCAUUACCCCACCCGCGCUCCCUCCCAACCCAACCUCUCCCCGAGCUCCUCAACGUCCCCGCAAGACCAGGCAGGCCGGCCCCGGCGCCUGCGCGCUCCAGGAAAUGGCUCGCCCCACGCCCACCCGGGCCCCCCCCCAGCCCCCAAACCCACACCCCCCCCCGCCAACCCGCCGACCCCCAGAGCCACCCCACCCCCCCCGCCCCAUACCACCCCAGAACCACCAGCGCCGCAAUCCACCCACAGCCCACGCCCCGCUCACUGCCCCGAUCCCGCCGCCCCCCCCCGCGGCGCCCCGCCACCUCACACCCCCAUGCACCAACACACACCGCCUCCACGCCCCCCCCAAUAUCAGCAAACCCCACCUCGCCCACAUAGGCUCGCCCGCAGCAACUACUCCCCGCCGCCGCCUUCCGGACACCUACCACGGCCCCCCCCCCCAUCCCGACCCCCCCACCCAGCCAAGCACCAUCAAUGCCGCGCAAACUCCCGGCCUGUCCUAG